ACCAUGUCGACGACUUCCCCUCCUCCUCCUCCGCCGCCGCCGCCGCCGCCGCCUCUUCCUCGUCCUCCUCCCCGCCGUCCUCCUCGAUGGAGGUACGAUGUGUUCGUGAGCUUCCGAGGCAAGGAUGUGAGGAGAAACUUCGUAGCGCACCUCUUCUCCGAUCUCCGGCGGGCCUCCAUCCAAUUCUUCAGUGACAACGCGAGAGAAGACAUUGGUGAAGAAAUCAAAUCCAAGCUUUUCGAAGCGAUAUGGCACGCGAGGAUCGCCCUGAUCGUGUUCUCCAGGAACUACGCCGACUCGAAGUGGUGCAUGAACGAGCUGGUCGAGAUCCUGGAGUGCAAGAAGAGGUUCGGGAACCAUGGCCACCUUGUUGUUCCCAUCUUCCACGAGGUAAAAGCCGGAGACAUUUCGGACUUCGAGGGCGGAAGUGCAUUCGCUCAAGGUUUCGCGAGAUUGUGUGGAAAGGCGACAGAUGAAGAGCAGAUACAGAAAUGGAGGGACGCCCUGAGAGAGACUAAGCAAUUGACAGGAUUCGGCUUGCGGAACGACGCCGGAGGGGAUGAAGGGAGACUUGCGGACAUAAUAGUAGAGUACCUUGUGGAGAAAAUCCGCGAAACACGGCCACUCUACUUUGUGAAAAACGCAAUAGGAGUGGAUGUCUUGGUAGAUGAGGUGAUUUCUUUACUUGGAAAGGGCCAAGAGGAGGACGUGCGUGUGAUAGGCAUCUGUGGAGUAGAAGGAAUAGGGAAGACGGUGGCGUCCAGAGUCAUUUGCGAUAGCAUUCGCAGCGAUUUUGAGUGUUUUGUUUUUCUUGAUAAAAUUGGAGAAGCAGAUCGCAACAAUCUUGUAGGUCUAUUAGGUCUACAAAAGAAGCUGCUCCAUAAUCUCAUAAAGGUGGAAGGAUGGAGGAUGUAUGACGACAUUCAGACCAACAUUGAUGAGAUAAAUAGUAACAUGUGCCGUAAAAGGAUACUUCUUGUUCUUGAUAAUGUUACUAGGAAAGAACUGAUUGACUACUUCGGGGCCGGAGAGCGAGAACUGCUGUGUCCCGGGAGCAGAAUUUUGAUCACGACCAGAGACCAAAACUUGCUAAAAGAUCUCAAGGUAGACGACAAGUACAUCGUCAAAGGUUUGCUUCCAAAUGAAGCGCUUCGGCUCUUUCGCCGCCAUGCCUUGAAGAGAGAAGAACCUCAAGAAGGCUAUGAGGAGUUGUCCCGAAGUCUAGCUCAUUAUGCAGGAGGUCAUCCAUUGUCUCUUAAAAGGCUGGGUUCAUCCCUAAACGGCAAGUCAAAACAUCAAUGGCAUCGGACAUUGGAGAAGUUGGUUAAAAGCCCUUAUCUCGAUUCGCUCUUUCGUUCGUUCUUGUCAGUUGGGCCACAUGGAGGUCAAGGCGGUGAUGCUUUUGAUGAUGGGGCACACACUGGGGUGAGGCAAAUUAGGCUCUACGGACAGUCAGUUAUUGAUGCCAUCACCAUCGACUAUGAUCAGGACGGGUGUUUGGAGAGAUCCUCCCAGCACGGUGGACGUGUCCAUGACAAUGAAACGCUGGUGAGAUUGGAUCAUCCAAGUGAAUACCUAAUUUCUAUAUCAGGCCAUAUUGAUGAUUAUGGUGGUCAUGAUGUUGUCCGGUCUCUCAAGAUCCGCAGCAACAAGAAGACGUAUGGACCAUUUGGAUCUGAACAAGGACAGCCUUUUGAUCUCUCACAUUCAGAUGGAAAGAUUAUCGGGUUUCAUGGGAAAUGUGGCAGCCAUCUCCACUCAAUCGGAGCACAUUUCGGGCCGAUUUCUCACACGUAUCCAUUUGAUGUCGUGGGACCAUUUGGUGGUGAUAGUGGUAUGGACAUUUGGGACGACAAAAAAUAUGCGGACGUGAGGCAAAUUGUCAUAGGCUUCGAUUCAGCAAUUAAGUCCAUCUCUAUCUUAUACGAUGAACACGGACGUCCAGUUGGUCCGUUCACACAUGGCCCAAGUGGAGGAGGCCAAACAUAUACGAUCAAGCUUGACCAUCCAAGUGAGUACUUGACUUCCAUCUCGGGCUACACUGAAGAAGUUUCCGAAUGCACCAUUUUUCAGUCAUUGACAAUCCAUACUAAUAGAAAUGAUCAUGGACCGAUCGGAACAGCUACUAAUGGGAGGCAUUUUUCAUUUCCAUACACCGGCGGUAAAAUUGUCGGGUUUCACGGGAGUUGCCAUGGCUCUCAUCUUGAGUCCAUUGGAGCUUUUUAUGAGCCGAUUCCUCAUAUUCAUCCUUUUAAGGUUUUUGGACCUUUUGGAGACGACGGUGCAGAUCGUUGGGAUGAUGGAAGAUACGUUGAUAUAGAGAGGAUUGUUCUUCGCUGCUCAGACUUCAUUUAUUCCAUUGAUUUUGAUUAUGUCAACACGGAUGGUUCUAUUCGAUCCACUAAGCAUGGUCAAAAUCUUAGGGGACAUAUAUAUGAGGUUAAUUUGCGUUACCCGCAUGAGUUUAUAACCUCAAUUUCAGGUUUCUUCGCCGGCGUUAUCAACUCGCUCACAUUUCGAACCAACAAAAGAAUAUGGGGACCCUUUGGUAGAGAGGAAGGGGAGUACUUCUCUUUACCAUCAGAAGCUGGGAAAAUUAUCGGCUUUUUCGGGACGGGUGGUGAUUCUCUCGAAUCUAUUGGAGCACACGUCGAGUUAUACUCUAACAAGCUCUAUCCCUUUAAGUCUGUGGGGUCAUUAGAGAGGUCAAAUCCGUCAUUUUGGGAUGAUGGCGAUAAGCAUACCAAUGUAAGGACAAUCAUUGUUGAAUUUGAAAUAAGCAAAGGGCCAUUGAUCCGAUCAAUCACAUUUCAGUAUGAAGAGGAGAACAAAGAAUUGUGUCAAUCGGAGACUCAUGGUGGCAUUGAUCAAAACAAGUUUCAUAUAGUAAGGAACGUCGAGAUCCAUACGAUCAAAAUACAUGAUCCAAAUGAGUAUAUGACUUCAAUAUCCGGGUAUACGUUUCAACCUAACAAAGAAACCUACGGACUUACAUCUCUCACUUUUCAAACUAACAAAAGGACAAUCGGGCCUAUUGGUGUUGAAAUGGGAAGGCACUUCUCAUCUCCUGCAACGGGUGGCAAAAUUGUUGGAUUUUACGGGAAGAGUGGUACACAUCUUGAAGAAAUUGGAGCACAUUUUGAACCGAUUCCAGAUCUCUACCCAAUUAGAUCAAUUGGGCCAUUUGGAGGCCAAGGUGGACGUGAUUGGGACGACAAGAAAUUCAACGGUGUGGUAGAGGUUCGGGUAACGCACAGCGAUGUCAUCCAUUACAUCAUGUUUGUGUAUGACAAGAGUGGUGAACAAGUUCGCUCAGGUAUGCAUGGUGGCCACAUCGGAGAAGACAAGGCCAAGUUCACCAUGUUUAAAUUGGACUAUCCACGGGAGUACUUGACAUCGAUCUCUGGUUACAAGCAAGAGGAUGGUGAUGACAACUACGAUAAUGCUGUUGUUCAAUCGCUCGCAUUUCACAGUAAUAGAGGAACAUACGGUCCCUUUGGCAAGGAGACAGGGAAGUACUUUUGGUAUCCAUCGACCGGGACCAGAAUCAUUGGCUUUUAUGGAAGACACGGUGAGACUCUCAAUUCCAUAGGAGUGUAUGCGGAGCCCAUACCGCACCUGUAUCCUUUCAAAACGGUUGGACCCUUUGGAGGCUCUGAAGGGACUCUAUGGGAUGAUGGAGUGCAUACCGAUGUGAGGGAAUUUUACAUAACUGAAUACAUAGGAAUUCACUCCAUCAGAAUUGCGUACGAUAACAAUGGUUCCUUCGUGUUAGGCUCUGAGCACGCUUUAUGUAGCACAGUAUUUUGCAUCGAAGACCGAGGCACUUCUUAUUGGCAUCGGUAUCUCGAGCUUUCAUACGUUUUCACAAGCAAAACGUGUUUCGCUUUGCUACUCUUGCAGGCCAUUCUAGAUUAUCCUAAGGAGCGUCUAGUUUCGAUAUCGGGAUUCAUGAGCAGAAAUGGAAUCAGUCCUCGCACUGUCAUCCACAACCUGAAAAUACUUACCACGAAGACCACUUAUGGGCCGUUCGGACUUUACUAUGGAGCAGGGUCAAAGGGAGAUAAUGAAAUGGUAACGGAAUUUCGCAUCCCAUCGGAACCAGGCGGUGGCAGGAUCGUUGGCUUUUUCGGAAGGACAGGAUCACAUCUUAAUUCUAUUGGAGCGCGUCUGGAACCAUAUUAAUCAAACCUCCUCCCUCCCCCCAAGCCUUUUUUCUUUUCUUUCUUUGCCUUGUGAUCGUAA